AUGGCUGCUCUCUCAGCCUGGUUUUGGAACGAGCGCUUCUGGUUGCCACACAAUGUAACCUGGGCGGAUUUGGCAGACCCAGCUCCCGGGGUGGAGUACCCCAAAGCUGGACACUUGUUCAAUGCCUUGCCGCUGGCUUUGGUGAUUUUCGUCGUCAGGAUACUCUUUGAGAGAUUUAUUGCCAGCGCCUGUGCCCGGAGCCUCCACAUUCAGCCAGGUGUUGGACGAAGAGCUCAGCCCAACGCAGUGCUGGAGAAAGUGUUUACAUCCAUCACAAAGAAUCCAGACUCGCGCCAUCUGGAUGGCCUGUCCAAGCAGCUGGACUGGGAGGUGCGAAAGGUCCAGCGCUGGUUCAGACACCGCAGGAACCAAGAUAAACCCAGUACACACACCAAGUUCUGUGAGAGCAUGUGGAGGUUUACAUUUUAUUUGUGCAUAUUUACUUAUGGGUUCCAGUUUGUCUGGCAGUCUCCUUGGAUGUGGGAUACACGGCAUUGCUGGUACGGUUAUCCCUAUCAGAUCAUGACACCGGCGCUUUACCACUACUAUGUGUCAGAACUGGCCUUCUACUGGUCACUUAUGUUCUCCCAGUUCACCGACAUUAAAAGGAAGGACUUCCUGAUCAUGUUCAUCCAUCACCUGGCUACGGUGGGCCUGAUCAGCUUUUCUUACGUCAACAACAUGGUGCGAGUUGGGAGCCUGGUGAUGUGUGUGCACGACGCCUCUGACUUCCUGCUAGAGGCAGCCAAGCUGGCCAACUAUGCCAAAUACCAGCGCUUGUGCGACUUCCUCUUCAUUGUGUUUAGUGUGGCGUUCUUUAUCACACGGCUUGUUAUAUUUCCAGUAUGGAUCCUGAACUCCACUCUGUUUGAGAGCUGGGCUAUAGUCGGACCAUACCCAUCCUGGUGGCUCUUCAACUCCUUACUGCUGGUCCUCCAAGUCCUGCAUAUCAUCUGGUCCUACCUCAUAGCCCGUAUAGCUAUCAAAGCCAUGCUGCGGGGCAAGGUGUGCAACGACGUCCGCAGUGACAUUGAGACCAGCUCGGACGAAGAGCCCAAUAAGGCCGGAGACGGCGUCAAGAUCUCCUCUCACACUCCCAAAGGAGAAAACGGCACCAACGGCCACUGUGUCGCCGCCGCCAAACCCAGAGUGCAGAACCACUGCAGCUGGUGACACAGAGGCUGAAGCUGGGAGCCUCCUGCAGCUCUUCCAUCACGUGUCACGAGAGCUUCGUU